AACAUUGCUUCUACGUAUGAUAAAUAUAUUUUUCAAGCAGUUUUUGGCAAGAAUUGUGUCAUACAUUUUCCAAAUACAAAUUAUAAUACUUGAUUUACAAACUCUCCCUCAAGAUUGCAGUUGCACCGAUAUUACUUUGAGCAAACUAACGUGUUGUUUGGUCGCGAAGAAAAUCAAUUUAACGCGUAGAGUCAAAUACGGACGUGAACACAUCUAUGCACGUCGCUUUAAUUUGUUUCCAGGAAAGCCACUAACCCGAAAGUCUUGUAAUGAAAAAGAUUUAUUCAACUAAAUUUUUAGAAUAGUCUACGUCUUUGAUACGUUCAUUGGAAUAUUAAAAAUAUGCCAAUUUACAAAAUAAAAGUAGUUAAAAUGUUUACAUAAUAGUAUCUUGUAGCGAAUUUGAAGAAUCCGGGCAAAAGUCUAGAUGACCGAAACGAACGAAGCUAUCAAUAGUAAAAAGUCAAAACAAUACAGAAGUUUUUGGUACAAGAAAAAAUACAAGUUCUAAUAUAAUAAACUACCGACUGAAGCCUAGUUCAUAUUCCGUAACACAUAUGAACUUCCAGCGCACAGUCUUUGAAGAUUGAAAUCAAUAAGCACUCAGUUUAUGAUGUUUUGAUCAUUUCCAAAAUGUAGUAAAUACAUAUAAUUAUAGACAAUCAUGAACUUGUAAUGGAUCAAACAAUUCAAAGUUUUAAAAUGGAAAGAAAUUACCAAUUGUUGAUAACAAAAAGAAAUGACCAAUCACAUAACGUAGUACAAAUAAAAAUGCAACUACUAGGAAAAAUAUAAUUUUACUGUUGACAAAAAACCAUCUUGUACUGUAUAUUAUAGUAAAAUCAUAUAUAGAGGCUGCUAUAUAAUGAAAAUAGUAAAUUCAAAUCAUUCUUUAAAUCAUCUUGUAUAUAUAUACUCAUAAACCCCAUAACAUCUUCUUCAAUAUACGCCUUCUAUUCCAUUGACAACAUCAAACUUUAAACCCCUGAAGAUCAAGAAAGGAGAAAGAGAAGGAGCGAUAACAACAAAAAACAGAAGCAAUGUCUUAUUCUUCCCUCAAAUUGCCAAUCUUUCUCAUUCUCUCAUCUCUUCUCCAUGCUGCUUUAGGAGAAGACAUCAUAUGCGAGAAUCUGCCCACAAAUAUGUGCGCGUUCUCGAUAUCGGCCUCCGGGAAAAGAUGUUUAUUGGAGACAGCUAACGUCGCCGGAGAAUACACUUGCCGGACUUCCGCGGUGGAGGUUGAAGGAAUCGUAAACCACGUGGAGAGCGAUGAGUGUGUAGCCGCUUGUGGUGUUGAUCGGAAAACCGUAGGGAUCUCCUCGGACGCAAUGAUGGAGGCAGGGUUCGCCGCUAAGCUUUGCUCUCCGGCUUGUUUGGAUUAUUGCCCUAAUAUCCUUGAUCUUUAUUUCAAUCUUGCCGCCGGUGAAGGUGCAUUUUUACCUGAUCUGUGUGAUGCUCAACGGACAAAUCCCCACCGUUCGAUGUUGGAAAUGCUCAGUUCCGGCGGUGCGGCUCCUGGACCAGUUUCCGAGACUGCUCCAGGCCCUGUCUCCGACUCCUCAUCCCCUGCUCUAGCUCCGGCUGCUAUGUAAAAUUAAUGUUAUUUAUUUCACGUGUGUCAUGUUUAUGUUUAAUAUUUCGAUUGAUGAUCCAUAAUGAAUCAUAUCUCUUUAUAUGAUUGGUGCUAGCUCAUCAAUUGAUACAUUUGAGAGAAGAGGAUUCAGAGUGAGUUUGCAUUUUGGUUCUGUUUCGUAAUAUUGUCCAUGUAAUAACACUUUUUGUUAUACCAUUGUUUUGUUUUCUUGUUCGAUAUGUAUACCAUGUGCAAUCUCAACUUAUACCGUUA